AUGCCUAAUAGAAAUUCAAUUUUAUUCAAUUAUGACUACGCUGCUGAUUUUAUCCGUCGUCGUCCGUCAUUGAGAAGCAGGCAUAAAUCAUCAUUGAACACAGUUGCAACUUUAAGAUCUGUAAAUCAUACAAAGAAAUAUUUUCUUCGUAAAACUAAAAGAAUAAUUUUUACGCCAAUUAAAAAAGUCGUUAAAACAAUUGAUUAUCAACAACAACACGGAAGCCAUGGCAAUGAUGUCAACACCACAUCUGAUGACGAUAAUCAUUCUAAUAGCUCCUCAUCGUCUUAUUCCACCCUUCGAAGAUACUCAAAAGCGAUGAAUCCGGUGAAUAUAGUAAGCGUAAUUAUUACAAAAAGAAAACGUAGAAAAUUCAAGUCAAAAUAUUACAACUAA